AUGAUCACAUCUUCACUACUCGGCAGCCUCCGAGUUGCCCGGGCCUCGGUCGUGGUCACAAGGAACUUGGCAGCAACCUCAAAAGCUACAGAUCCCAUUCAACAGCUCUUUUUAGACAAAAUUAGGGAAUACAAACAGAAAAGCGCAGGUGGUAAGCUAGUAGAUCCCAGUCCUACAGUUGAAAAGGAGUUGAAGAAUGAAUUGGAAAAGCUAGAAAAGCAAUUCGGUGGAGGAUCUGGUGUGGACAUGACAGCAUUCCCUUCUUUUAAAUUUGAAGAUCCCAAAUUGGACUCAAUUAAUGAACAAGCCCCCGCUAAGAAGUAA